UAUUAUAAUGUCAUCCUAUAAUAUGUCAUGUAGAUUCUAGAUCUAGUCUGAAAAGGUUUCCACCCCUCGAGAUCCCUGCUGCAGCGUGGAUAUGCUCUAUAUAAAUGGAAUUAUUGUUAUUGUUGUAGCAGGCAAGCACAGUUAAUUCGCUUCUGUAGGAAUUUUCCAUGAUUGCAAAACACAGAGGAAAUUCCAUUGACUUUAUUUAUAUUUCAUUAAAAAUGAGUCUUUUCUAUUGGCUACGGCAUUAUAAUAAUAAAUUGUCAUGUGACUGAUGUAUACUAUUAAUAGACAAAAUGGCUUCCCAAUAAGAAAAAUACUGCAAUACAUAAUCUCUGGACAGAUUACACCUGUUGAGUGGAUAGUGUGAUGGACUUUCUCUGGCGGAGAUCGUUGAUUGCUGUCGAUCAAUAUACUCUACUCUAAGUCUAAGCACUUACUCAUUUCAGAUAGUCUUUGACUGUAGCACUGUACCUCUGAAGACAGAAACUGAGGAGAAGAAUUCAAAAUGACUGACGCCAGGAGUAGGAGAAGUUCUGCAAAGAGCUUAUCUUUCACCGUGGAUUUACCAACUGCUGCUUUACAUCAACUGCAGUUUCUGGAGCUUUGUGACUCGGAGCUUAGUCUACGGAAAGAAAAUGUUCUGAAGCAAGCUUUGUACAGAUACCAGUUCUUUUGGCUUCCUCUGGCGGCUAAACAUCCGCAAAAACACCUGGAAGCCCCUCUAGAUGUGGCCUGGGUGUGGCAUUGUCACAUGCUCUGUCCUGUGACGUACUGCGAUGACUGUGUCAGGUUGGUUGGGGUGGUUGUGGACCACUCGUUGGACAGGUCGAUGAAACUUCGGAACAAACAUCUGAAUGAAAGCGCACAACUCUGGCAGGCUGAGUAUCCCAAUGAGCCCUUUGAAGUGGACCUCUCUCCUGGAGCUCCACUGAAUCAAGAUUUUGUCAAUACUGCUACAGAUUUUUCGUAUGACAUCAUUGCAGCUGCUGACAGGCAGAAAGAGUUUUUCUAUCAGGUGCGACUUCCCCACUACAAAGACAAGAAGUAUUUGGAGAACUCCUUCCAGCGAUACAAGAAGUUCCUGUACCUGAAGCAGCAGCGUCCAGGCAUGUUCCUGGUACCAUGCUACGACAUUGACCUCAUGUGGCACUCGCACCAGCUUUACCCCCUUAAGUACAAAGAGGACAUGAAGCGAAUUCUGGGCAAGCUGUUUAACCAUGACGACAGCGUGAACGACCGCAGUGAAGGCUCCAAGCUCUACAAUGCAGACUUAGCCACCAGAGUUGCAUGGAAGGAAGUAUUUGGUGAAGGCUUUGCUUUGUACGGGGCAAUGUAUCGCGGUGAGAACCCUCAAGGAAAGCUAAGCGCCAUCACUGAAGAGGAGCUUAUUUCUCUGACCACUAGAUCGGCUCAUCUGAAUUUUGAAAAAAUCAGCAUCAAAGCAAGCCCAGCUAUUAAAGGAAAACCAAGUUUGAAAGUGUUUACUGCUGUUAAUUCCAAAAAGAUUGCACCCAUAGGGACACUGAAAGGUGUGGAACAAGGGUGGCAGGACAAGUCACUGAUGCAAUGCGGAUUUGAGACGCGCAGUGUCAACUGCGUCAAGUUCAGAUUGCGUGAAUGCACUGGGUGGGCCUGUCUGGGCUCCAAGACCACGGUAGCUGAAACGUCGUUCGACAUGCUGCAAGUGAUUGAGACCAUCCCCGUGGGGCAGUCACAGCAGCUGGAGUUGAGCACUCCCACCAGCGCCAACUCCCAGUUUCAAGUGGACUUUCAAGUUCAAGUGGGACCUGUGAAGAAAGGACCAAUCCUUUUGUUCCUUCGGCCGGGCCAGUAUGAGAGCUGCAUCAUGCCAGAGCAUCUGGAGAGUCUGUGGGGACCCGUGCCAUUGAUGCGUCUUCCGCCCGCAGUAGACAACAAAUGUGAAGUUGCCUCUCACAGACUUCUUAACCACCGUGGGGGUGUGGUUUUCACUUGCCGUGUCAUCCACUCUAUUCCUCUGCUACAGUCGGCCAUCCAUGUCUUUUACAAGGACCGCAUGGUGGCGGUUGCUCAUCUGAUCAGCACUGAUACUCUGCCUUUGCCCCCUCAGUUGGUGAACCGCUCGAAUAGCCCGUCCUUGAACCCAAAGGCACUGGAACGAGCUAUCCUCAUCAAGAAUCAUAAGGGUGACUGGGCGGUGGUCACAGGCCGCUGGACUGGGUAUAAAAAAGGCGUUGCUGGGAUACCAGGCACUUCAUCAAGCCGUGGCACGCGGGGUGUCAAAGGAAACCCGGGGACUUUGUCUUUUAAAAUCUGGAAUAUGGGUUCCUCGAACAAUGUCACCCAGUUGACCUUGCCAUAUGACAGUCAGAGAUACAGCUUACAGCUUCCUGGUGUGGUUGUGGACCUCAAAGCUGGGGCUGUUAUGUUGAAUGAAACAACCAAGGAAGUAGCAGAGAACCUUGCUCUAGCCUUCAGUGUGUCUCUGCUCCAUGUAUUAUGUCAGCCACGCCCUGCGGGCUGGAAACCCGGCCAGUCCUUAAAGCUGCCAUCAAGUCGUGGAUCUCAAGCAGUUCAGACGAUCCCGUCAGAAGACAUGUCCUUUGUGAUGGCCGCUGGGUUCAUCAUGGCCACACCAUCCAAUCACCACAUGCGAGAGAACUACGGUCUAUACGCCUGUGCCGGCUGUGGGGGUGCUGGUGACUUUGGUGGCGAGGGCUUUGUCAGCGAUUUCGGUGACGUCGACUGUGGCAGUGUGGGUGGCGGUGAUGUUGGCGACGCUGGUGGUGACGCCGGUGGUGACGGAGGGGCAGGCUGUGGCGGUUGUGGUGGCUGCGGGGGUUGCGGCGGUUGUGGUGGUGGGGGUGGCUGCGGUGGUGGGGGUUGUGGAGGUGGUUGCGGUGGUGGCUGUGGGGGCUGCGGGGGCUAAGAUGAAUGUGAGGGCAACCUGUUUUGAAAAUAGAAAGCCUUCCCCCCCACCCCAUAAAGUAGACUAUUUACUGUCCCUUUUUCUUAUUGUAGAAAUGUCUUGAGAGACUUGUCCUUAGGGUGGCUCCUGUCUGAACUGAGCGAUUGAAAAAUUGAGGUCAUAUGUAUAUAUAUAUUGUUGCUGUAAAUCUCAAACUGUUUAUCUUCCUUAUCCUGCAAUGGAGAUAUGUGGCUUGGGAACUACACCAGCAAUAGUUUAAAGACAACAGAUGCCUUUAAAUACAAUUUUAGUAUUGGCUGCACUCUCAAUGAAAAUGUGGGUUUUGGAAGAAUGGGGAUGAUGUAUUAAGAAUUGGAGACUCAAACUUUUAUCUCCACAUUGUGAUGCGACGUCUUUGUUGCGGCAGCCAGAUCCCUCUCACAGCUAUCCAAAGUGGACCAUAAUAGCAGAAGGAAUCAUUACAGAACUCAUCACUUAAGUUGUGUGCAUUGAUGGCAUUCUCUGUCAUAAUAAUAGCAACAGAGAUUUAGAGGCUAAUUUUAAAGAUCAUGUGUUCACCAUUUAUAGUUGCUGUGCAGUGUUCUCCUUUCUUUCUUAUACAUGCUUCGUUGCAUCCAGCUGUGACAAAAAUAUAAUGAACGUCAUAUUGAUAGUGUUUAAUGAGGCUGCACUUGUAAAUGACUAAAAAUUCUAGUUCAAAAUUUGCAGGUGUGGAUGGAAAAAAAUCCUCAGCAGUUUGACGCCACAGAUAUUCAGCAACAACAGAUGGCAUGGAUUUACAAGGAUAAAUUAACCUUUUACUGUUUUAUAUUGUUUUGCAGUUAGAUUUGUCAUUAAAAAGGUUCUUCAGAUGUUUGGUGGUUGUGCAUGUAGUUGCGAUAGUCAAAAAAUCACAUUUUCUUGUAAAUAAAAGAAAAAGAACUUUUUUUAUUGUAGCUGCUCCGUUUAUUAUUUUCUUGUUUAACCAAGCUUUUCAUUGCAUUUCAUAAAGGGCCAUUGUAAUAACAUUGUUUUAAAAGUUGAUACAACCUAAUUAAUGAACUGUCACUAUGUGGCUACGUGUAAGAUACCAGUUGCUCUAUGAUUUUCACUUGAAAUACUUAUAAAUAGACAGCUGUUUGAGGGUACGAGGGCACCAGAAAGUAGCAGAGAAGAAGACGUGUUACAAUAUUUGAUACAAUGGUUAUGUCCAUUUAGACAGGUGUUUUGUAUUGUUGUGAAGGUGGGAAGUGGAGGAAAAUGUUUUGUACACUUUUAAUGUGUAACAUCUGGAGGAGAGUCAAAGUUGUUGCCUUCUUUUUUCUGAGACCUCAUCUCAAUGGAUUGUUGUUCUUUGAGUCUUGUAUUUUUCAUAUUGUUUAACUUUAAAAAAACAACAACAAUGUAUUGACUGUUCUGGAGAUAUUCACCUUUUGAGGUUCUUGCAAUCUCUGGUCUAAGUAAUCUCAGUUUCUCCCCUUGAUGGUGGUGCAUAUUUUUCAGAUACUUUUGUCUUUACAAAAUGUCUUUCUGUGUGUAGUGCAUUUUCAAACAUUGUGAUCUGUUCAAAUAAGUGACCACUUGACCGAUAUGACUACGUUUUGUAGAGGUGGCAACCACUGUGGUUGGUUAUUAUUCAUCCAAUUUGCUUGAAAUUUGUUUGUUUUUUUUAAACAAAAAAACUACUUUUUCAGUAGAGUCAAAAUUAUUGUUAAUGUUGAUUCUGUGAUGAUGUUUUUGUUGGUUAUAGCAAUGAAACCGUGUGUCUGCAUUCAUUAUUCUAUUGCAGCAGCUAGGUUUAUGACUUGUGCUUGCAAUAUGGAAAGUCUUGUGGAAAUUCUUUCCAAAUGUACAGACAAAUAACUGUGUAAUGUUGCCUUUGUUAUUGUAGACAUUUAUGGUCAGAAAUUAAGGCUUAUCAAAACUCCACCUUUGUGCUUGAAAAUGAAAAUCAGGGCAAUAUAUUAUAAAGAUGUUCAUAUGUUGAGAAGUUUCUUGUUUUUUCUGUAAAAGAAGUCUGUCACUUCAAGUGCUACAUUCUUUUCUUUUUUUUUUUUUUUUUGCACUGCAAUUGUUUUCAUAAGUAGAUCUCUUUGAUUCUAGAACCAUUGAUCAAUGGCGGCAAACUUUUUUUACUGUAAGAUGUUACUAUUUUGACUAUUUGUAGUGCUUUCUUACUUUAGUACCUUUUGGAAAUGACAAACCUAGUUAUUUACUUCAAUUCUUAUGUUAUUGUUUUUAUUUUGUCUGAACUUGUUAGAGACUAUCUCCACUUCAGGUUUGCAUUAACAUUGUAAUGAACUGAAACUGGACGUGUGAGUGCUAUUUAGAAAACUAGGUUGCUGGUGAAUGGAUAUGAACUUCUGGCCUCUUGACUCACUGAACCCUAAGACCCAGGCCACCUGUUGCUGCCUGUGCCUAUAGAUUUUUGGCAUUUUUUUAAACAGGAAAAAAAAAAAGGUUUUAUUACCAAAAAGCCAUUAAAUUUAGGGAAAGCACUUCAUUACAGUGCUUUUGAUAAAGUGCCAAAUUUGAAUUCUGUAUGUAAAACAGUUUUUGACGUGUAUGAAAAUAAAGAAGGAUUCAAAAUGAAGAAAGAAAUGAUUGAUUAGGAGAUACUCAAGAAAAUACAAAUUUAAAAAACAAACGCUUUUUUAAAAAGAAAUGACAAAAGGCAAGACUUUAUAACUCAAAAGGCAGGAUAAUUGUUGUUUAAUGCUUUGUUUCUGUUUUCCAAGUGUGUGCACCCUGUGUCAAAUUGGAAUAUGCUAGUGUUACGAUGGAAGUCUUUCUGUGUUUGAGUCACUGUGGCCCCAGCAUUAAGCAUGAAAUGUGCGUAGUGCUCAAGGAUAAUUUAAAGUAUUUGUUUUGGGAUGAAUUAUAGUCUUUGACAUGAUUUUUAUUUUUAUUUUUGUUGUUGUGAUUUUUUAAAAUAUUUUUUUUAGUGCAUGUGCCAUGCUGGAGUCUUGUUUAAGGAUGAUGGCUGUUUGUUUUCUUGUGGAUGCAUUCAAAAUUGAGUUACAAAGCUGCUUUUUGAUGUGUGUGUCCAUUAAGAGAGGUGUUCAUGAACUUAUUGAGGAACGCAUUUAAAAUAAGGGGAAGAAUUUUCUGUUAUUCUUAGCAGUCAACCACCACGUGUAUGUUUGGCGAAAAAAUAGUCUGUAACAUUUGAUCAAGGACAAUUUAUUCAUUUUAAAUACUGUUGUCCCUGAUUUAAUUGUACAAUACAAACUAAUCCAUGUAGUCUGUAGCACACAUCUUGACUUUCAGGUAGAAGAAGUCAGCUGUGUCCUGUUAGUGUUUUCAGAGUUUAGUCAUUUUCAGCCUGAUUACCAUGGAAAUUUGAGGUUGAGUCUUUUCAGAGAAGUGGAAAGAGAGGUAGAUGAUCACUGAUUAUCACAUCAUCAUGCCAAAGAACCAGUCCAAUAAAGUUUGGUGAAACUAGAGGAAUUAAGGCAUGAGUGCACACCAUUUAAAAAAUCGACCCCAAAAAUGACCUGCAGCAAGACAUGACAGCGAUUUGGCCAGCACCUUAGAUUCUUAUGAUAUUGUUCAAUUAUUGUGAUUUGGGUCACUAUAUUGGGGUGAUUUGUGUUGAGUUGUUCGUUCCUUUAUUAUACUGUAAGACUUUUUGAUAUGGUAAAUAUGAAUGAAUGUAUAAUUCUGGUGACAUCAUGGUACUACAUAUACUAUACCCACUGUUUUUAUUGCAUGCUGAAGCACACAUGUGUUCAUUCUUAUUGUUAUGCAUAAAUCCCCGUUUUGGUUACUUUUUAGUUUUACAAACAUUUUUACUGUUUGUUUUGCACAUUUACAUAACUUUUUUAUUUGUUGAAACUGUGUCGCUCGUUUUUUAAAAAUUUGUUAUCGGUACCCUGCUACACUGCACUGAUGUUUGUGACAUGUGGAAUGACUUGCCUACUGGGUGAUUUAGCAAUAAUCUAUGUUAAGGAUGUAUCAGUCCCAUUUUCUUUUAGCAAUGUAUGCUAUUUACAAGUAGAUAGCUUUUUAAUUCAUAAUUUGUCUUCUUUUUUUUUUUUUACAUUUUAAAAAAAGAUUCUCUUUAUUAUUGACUCCCUAACUUUUUAUGAGUUGACUAGAUUCUUUAUUGUGUGUGCAUCUUUCAAGGCAGUGAUUUGACAAACUUCUAGAUUUCAGGCUUUUGGAAUUGGAAUUGGGGUUGGCCAGGUCAAGAAGACCCUAAUGUGUGUCUCUGCCAUUGUAAGAACACGUCCACCUUUUUUUUUACGCAGAAUGUGUGUACUUUUUUUACUAUAAAGGCAUUGAAACAAUGUUAUUAUUUCAAUCCGUAACAGAAACAGCAAGUAUAAAAACUGAAUGCUGCAGUUUUCACUGAUAUGUUGAUUUUUGUGUGCAAAUUGUUUCAAAUUGUUAUCUUCCCGUAUACAGUAAGAAAAAGUGCACUUUAUGAAUUGUGUCACUCCAAUCCUGUUUGCAAGCCAACUUGUCCUCAUGUACUGAUUAAUAUUCUGGACAAUGUAUUUCUAAAGAGAAACCAGUGACAUUUUCCAACUAUGGUUAUGAGAUUUGAUACAUAUCUCUGGUUCCAUCAAAAGUCCAUUGAUAUGAGUACUAUCCUAGAACCCAGAAAAAUAAAGAAAAAGAGCAAGUAAAAGAACAGCUGAUAAUGUGGAUGUACGGGCAAGGAGGACAGGACAUCCCUACACAUAGUUGGAGAGACUGGGCGAGGCUAGUGAUAACUGGAGAGAGAGAGUUUUUUUGCAACCUAUGAUCCCUAAGAAACCAAAGUCGGAAGUAAGAAUAGUGAGGACAAAAAUCUAGUUUUCUUCAUGUUUCAGAGUAGACUGUCGAUGGACAAAGUUGAAGCAGUGAAAUACAUUUUUUAAAUUUGGUAUUGUGUUUAAUUGUAAAAGGAACAUUUUAAAGCUCAGGAGCACUAUUAUUGUACUGCACUAUUUUCAAAAAGAUAACAAUCUUCGUAUUUCUUUGCUGUGAUGUGAUGCAGUGCCUGUUUUUUUGGAGUUUUUUUCAAAGAAGGCUCAAGAGUAAUUCUUUUGUUCGACCAAACUGUCUUGUGAAGAGAGGAAAUAAUUCGGCCUCAGCUUUGUUAUAAAUGGUACCAAGCUUGAGGACCGAUCAAAGUCUCUGGUUUGACAAACUACAGACAUGACAUGAACAGGCUUUUUGUUAAUGUAUGGCAAAACCAGUGUAUCUGAAACAGCGUUUGGCAAUUCUUUUUGUAAUGAUUUCUUUCUCCUCUAAUUUUGUCUGUCCAACUUUUCCGUCCAUCUUCAGUCUUGAAGGCUCCUGCACAGUAAAACAGGACAGACUGCUUGAUAACAAUUGCACUUGUGUUUGACCUAAAUUUGUCACAUUUUUAUGCAUUAUUUGUCUUUUAUUGUGAUUUAUUACUUGAUUUACUGAUCAAUCCUUCAUCUACCCCUUUUACUACCAAAAGUAGUAUAACAACUGUAGUUUAUGAGUUGGGAUCAGGUUUUCCAAUACAGCAUAACAAUUAAGAUGAAUGCAGCUUGUGAGUUUUAAAUGUUCAAGUUCAAGUAAUAUAUCUUUGUUAAAUAUAUCUCCAUGAACAUUAGAGGUAAUUUUUAGCAUGUUGUGUUUUUUGCCAUUGUUCAGCAUCAUAUAGUCUCAGAGUAUAUAUCAAUUACUUUUUUUUUUGCUGACUAAAUUUAUGACCAUUUCACUAAAUAACCCCCCCAUCUGAUUGGUAAAGUUGGGUCGGGCUCGCAAAAUUAGCAUCCGCGAGUAACGAACUACUCGCUGGCACUACCCGCAAACAAGCAGACGGAUAAUGAGCCGUCUUCUUGUGAAGAGUAGUUUGCUACUCGCUACAUCGGACAGAGACAACUGUUAGUUUAGCGAGCAGGCGGACCGAGAGACCCCAAGCAUUCAAGCGGACGGACGGGGAGCGACUCCUUACAUUGCAUACUACUUAUACCCCCCCCCCCCCCCCCAUCCCAAAAAAAAAGAAAAAUUGAUUUAAAAAUCACCCUCCUGCCCCACAUUGUAGCUAGGCAUUCAAGGCGAAUAUUUCUCUACAACCCCCCCCCCCCCCCCCCACCCCUCCCAAGGCCUUUGCGACAAUUGGAACGCACACAAUGUGACCCACACACAAGGUGAAAGGUUACUCACACAGUACUACGUUACAAGCCUCUCUUACUCCCUUUGGCACCGCUAGUGGUUUGAAACAUUAGGCCUAAUUAACAAACAAUAGACCGUGGGCCUAACCUCGCGUCGAGUAUCUCAUCUGCUACAGUUCAUUCAUUCGCCCGCCCGCUCAGUGAAUAAAAUUGUGGAGCGGACCCAAAAAACGAACUGUCUUGAAGUUCGCAGGCCUUUCGCAUGGCCAUCCGUUACCCGUUCGCUCAGACUGAGUCCACGAGUAACGAACCCCGUCCGUCUGUUCGCCCCAACUCUACUGAUUGGUGAUUGAUACUGUGUUCCUUGGGAACAGUAAGGAAGUCAUAGUCACCAGCUACAUGAGGCUUGCAAGGAUGUUUUUCAGGGUUUUGGAAUGAUUUCAGUCAGAAUAGCUGGAUAAGACUAAUUAGAAAACUAACCACUGAAAUUUGUUUUUUGUCCUGAAACGCACACAUGCCAUGAAGAACAUAAGAUGUAUAAGUCUAAAUAGUGAAUGCCAAAUAACCAUUGCUUAUAUUUAUAUACUGUCAUUUUUACAAAUAAAUUAUUGAAUAUUUAUGUUAUUUAAUGGACUAAAUUGAAAAAUGUUAUGUGACUGAGCUGUCGUUUGAUGUUUAAAGCAUCCAUACCUCAUGCUCUCAGCAAAGUCUCAUAUAUCUACAAGCUAUCUAUUGAUCACGUUUCCCCAAAUGGGGACUUCCUCAGGACAGGGUUUUACCUAGCCAGAUAUAUUCACCUGCCGUUGAGAAGUCUGCCAUAGAAAGAGAGGUGAAUAGAACGUGUCCUUCCAUAGUAUGUUCUUGGAGGUGGUUUUACUGGCAGACAUUGAAUGAGGAAAACAUUUUGAAGCCAGUGUUGGAAGUAACAACAGUAUAGUGACAUUGAUUUUCAGUACCUUUUCUAAACAUACUCUUUCCUGAUCUUGUUACUUUCAGUUUCACAGAUAGACUUUUCAGUGAUGAGGUAAGGUCAGUGAUGGCUCAGACACUUGUCUUUGAUUUGACAGGAUGACACAUUACUUCUGAAGAUUUGAUUGACUGUCUUCUUUUUUUUUCCUUGAAUGUCAUCUUUUCUUUCAGAUGCAAGAUUUUUUGUAAGCUAUGGUCUAUGUAAAGGGACUGUCAAUAAUUUUCUUUACAUUGGCCCAUGGCUUUGAUAUUUUAUAGUUUGAAGAAAACUUGCUAACUUGUCCAGUAUUUGGAUAUUUUAUGUUUAGCAAAACUUUUGAUCAGACGAUAUAGUAGUCUUUGACUGGCAUUGUACAUGUCAUUGUCAUUUCAGUAGAAUUUACUAACAUUUUAAUAAUUGUUGUAUUUUUCUCUGGCAGCCAGCCAAAAUGACACACUUGAUGUUUGAUCUUUAAUGUUUAAGUUUAAGUAUAUAUCUGAAUAGUCAAGUUUCUUUGUUAAUUGCAUCUUCGUGUGUGACGCAAACAAUUUAAAGGAAAUGAUGAAUUUGCUUCAAAGUAUCAUCAAUAGGUACCUUUUGUUCCUGCUUUCUUUUGCUGGACCGUGAUGGGUCUACUCUGUAUAUUUUGGAAAUGUGUAAUCUCAUGGAAAGCUGAAACCUAUCAAUCAAUGGAAAGCCAUUGUUUAUGCCACUUAUAUCAACACUUUGGACGUUGAAAUUUGGUUGAACACUAUGCAAGGAGCUUUCAGGACAGUGUUAUCCUCAGAAAUGUCCAUAAGUUAAUCGUUUUUGUAGUGACCUCUGGAAAAAGUGGCUUUUAUUUGUUAUUUAGAUUGCUUCUAGCUCUCGAGAAUUCAAAAGGCUUGAAAACGUUACUUUUGAAGUUAUUUUGUCAGUGCCUUUUAAAAACUGUACAGGUACCUCGUUUUGACUGGCUGUUAGACUGGUUAUACAUUUGUAAAUGUGGUUUCCUUUCAAAGGCUGUGGUAUGGUAAUAUGCGUCGUCUACAAAAGGAUUGGUGUUGUAUAUAGUACAGUAAUGUAGGAGACAUGCCUAGCUCUGUCAUCCUGACAUGAUCUGACUUAACAAUUUUGUGACGCUUUUCAUUUUCUAAAACAAAAAAUUCCAAAGUUGGCAAAAAUACAUGUUUUUUGGAGGGUAUAUUUACUCCUUACCCUGCAUUAAGUAACUUUUUUCUUACACUUCCUUUUGCUUAAAGCAGCAUCAAGGAAAGCUGUUUAGACAUUCAAUCUUGAGUUUUGUUUGUAAGUAUUCUUUGUUCAAAUAACAACUCUAAUUUUUUAGCCUACUUUCAAGUCUCUUGUGAACUUAAAAUUCUAAAAAAAAUUUGAUUAUUUGCUUUUUUCUUCAGCUUUUGUAGUUUCUGCAUUUUGGAGAAAAAUCAGCCAUUUAGAAAUUAUUGAUUUAAAUAUAUAUAUGCAGAAUCGCCUAAUUUAUCACCAGGUAGGGAAAUUUUGGAACCUCCACUUUGAAGUUUAAAAAAGUAUAGGCAUUUGGUGUUGUUAGUGGUUUUAUACCAGUACUUGCUAUUGUUAAUGCAUAGUUGAUACAUGUUGACCUCCAGCAUUGUUAUUGUCAGGCUGUCAUAAGUGCGUAUAAAUCUUCGUAUUAUUUGCUGUUGUCUUUUGUGAUAUUUUUAUUAGAUUCACAGCCCCUCCUUUCCCUGCUCUAUUAAAAGUUUUUACUUGUAAUCUAUAUUUUAAUUUUAAUCGGUGAAUACUGAAUACAAUAAAUAAUACUUUUUCAUAUUACUUUAUUAUGCCAAGAUUUUUUCAAUUCGUAAACUAUGAUGUGGUUGUCUAAUAUUUAUUAUAUAUAUUUAUUUUGUAUCCACGCUGCUGCUUUUUUAACCUCUUGUGAUCUGAGCUUUUUCAACGCUUACAAUUAUAUUUGAGGAAGAAGUGAGCUUUUAAUGAAAACUCUACUGAAAUAUUUCCUUGUGUGAAUUUUUCACCUAUACUAUAAAUGCAAGUAUAGCAGUAUUGAGUCCUGAGAGCUCAAGAAAUCAAUGGGAACAGAAUGGACCUGUUGUUAGUCAAAGUUUCCUAUUAUGCCUGCCAUUCUAAUUGCAAUCUUUAAUUGCAAUAUUUUUUCCUAAAAUGCAAGAAACCAUGUACCAGUGAUCCUUUUUUUUUAAAAGAAAGAAAGCACACAGAUUGGUGCAUCUGCUAAGUGAGUCUUUGGUUUAUUAACUCUUUAUCUGCUUCGGGUUUUGAACAGAUUUUGUAGGGGGUUUUUCCCCGUGAUAAAAUUCUGAUCAAGGGUGUUACACAAAAAAAGCUAUAUUUAGAUCGAAUAGGCUGAAAUAUUGUUGCAGCAUACACCAAAACGUUAGGAAAUGAAUGAACUUUUAUAAAAUGUGCAUUUUGCAGGGAAAUUUAUAUUUUUAAAAAUUUUACGCAAUCAUAGACACGCCCGUAAUUUUUUCUUUACACAAAAGUUAGGGAAACAUAAAAUCAUGACUUCAAAUCGGAAAGCUUCGCAUUCGCAUUGUAUCGCAUCCUUGAAUGCAAUCAUUCAAUACGCAGUGUGCAGCUCCGAGCAGAUAAAGAGUUAAAGUGUAUACACAAGAGAGCCAUAAAUAGAUGAUUUGUUAACCUUUUUAAAAAAAAAAAAAGUUAUGGAAGUAUUGUUUCAUAAGCCUUGAGUGGAUAUGGUUGAAUAUGCAUUGUACACACACUGAACAAAUUCAGAUAUUGUCAGACUCUCAUUUUGACAGCGUUUUGUCUAUUUUGACGUAGUGAAAAAUAGGUCAAAAUGGAACACACUAAAACUGAAGUUGCUUUACUUUUUCAGUCUUGUCCAUCCCGAAUUAAAUACAAUCUUUUCAUAUAUAUAGUUGUUGUUAUUACUCUCAGACAGAAAUAAGAUGAAAAAAAUUCCAAUUUUAGUGAAAGGAGCCAGUACAUUUUUACUAUUUUUUUAAAAGACAAAAAUGUAUUAUCAGCUUCAUUCUAUGUAGAUCUAUAUGCGUCUGUCAUUUUUUUUAGUUUUGAGAAAAUUAAAGAAAAAGAGAGCACCCCAACCAGAGCCAUAACUUACACACUUGCUAUUUUAUUUUGAAAGUCAUCUAAUCGCCAAAUAAUACAUUUUUAGUGCAAACUUACUCUAGAAGGUGAACAGCAUGAUUCAGAAAUCUCUUUUGUCUCAUACUCUGUGAUCUUCUCAGAGCUUUUUAGACCUUUUCCUGUACUGUCUUGUAAACUUUUUUCUGCCAAAAGUUUGUCUUAGGCAACUGAUAGACAUAGCUGUUUAUAGUGUGAACCAGCUUUAUUGUAAAGCAUGGCUUUUAAAAGGAAACUGACAUUGUAUACGAGGAUUUGUUUUUCAUCAUGGAUUUUGAGUGCUAAACUUCUAGAUUAAUUAGGCCCAAGGUCUGCUUAGUUUCCUUUGCAAGAGAUGUUAGACUACAGGGUUCCUGUUUUUUUCCAGAUGUAUCGAGAAUUCCGGAAAUAUUAGAUGUUAAAAGUUGAAGACUUUUUUCCUUAGCUGUUGUCCUGUUCUACAGCUGCAUUUAAAAAAUAAAGAGACAUUUUGUUUCAGAUGUAAUCUAAUAAGUUCCGGAAGUCUUCUUGGAUCUGCAUGGCGCCCUGUUAAAACUUUUCAUCUUACAUUACUAUUGUCAGUUACUCUAGUUUUGUUUAUUCAUUUUUUUUUACCAUGACUUAUCGUUUCUGUUGCUAGAAAAAUAUGUAACUCCAUUUGGCAUUACAGGGUGAUUAAAAAGCACUGAAGUUAGUCGUUUUUCUUGCAACUGCAACGAUAUAUAUAAGAAAUAAACCAGCUGUUGCCAAAUGUCAUCGGUACUUACAAGCCACUGUCAUGUUACUCUUCAUCAUACUUUAUGUGGAAGAACUUCUUUCCGUGUCAGUGAUGAUCAUUCUUGCUCUUGUAAAGUGAUGAGAGUUCAAAUCCUUUGCAGCCAACUCAACAGCGCUUGUACUACCAUUGCAUUACUAUAACCUCCACUUCUUGGUGUCUUACUUUGGAAAUUAGUUUAAAUUGAUUCUCGUAUAAUAUUAUAGAGCUCAAUAAACGCUAUGUCAUUAUUU